AUGGUUGAAUUAGACUGGGAUAAUGUUCCAGCAGACCUAUGCCCUGUUUGCAAAACAGAUAAAUAUCUUUCACCUGAAAUCCAGUUUAAAAUAAAUCCAGAAUGUUAUCAUAAGAUAUGUGAUGCCUGUGUUGAUCGUAUAUUUGCCCUCGGUCCACAUCCUUGUCCAUAUCCAAAUUGUGAAAAGGUUUUACGUCGAAAUAAAUUUAAAGCACAGGUUUUCGAUGAUUUAUUAGUUGAGAAGGAAUGCGAUAUCCGAAGACGUGUUUUGAGCGUCUACAACAAAAAGGAAGAUGAUUUCCAAACGAGUGUUAUGUACGAUCAGUAUUUGGAAGAAAUAGAAGAGAUUGUGUAUAAUUUACUACACAGAGUGGAUAUAGAGAGAACCGAGGAGAGGUUGAAACAAUAUUCCAUUGAGAAUAAACAAUCGAUUGAAUUAAACAAUGCACAAAGGGAACAAGAGUAUGAGAAGUUUAUCAAAAUACAAAAGUUGGAGAGACAGCACAAAUCUGAGAGAAGGAAACUUACAUCGGAAAUAGCUGAAGAGGAGAAAAAAUUAAAAGAUCUUGAAAAACAACAAAUUUUAGAUCAACUACAAAAUGCAGCAAGUGAUAAGGAUCCACAGUUGAUAUUGGAGCAAAUUAGAGCAAAUAUGCUAGAAAAAACAAACAGACUUCGUGAUCAAUUGCAGAAACUAAAUGAAAAAUUCGACGCCUUGAAAGAUGCCGUACGUAAUAACUUAAAUCCAGAUGAAAACAUGAAUAAGAAUAAGUCAAAGAUACCAUUUACACCUUUCAAUGGUGACAGGUUGGUUAAUUUACCCUUCAAGGUGUCUGAGUAUAAAGAUCCGUUCCAUGAAUCUAUUGUUUCCGAUGUGGAAUAUACCGCUGCUGGAUACAAUAUACAGGAUUUCUACAUAAGAUCCCUGAAUGAAGCUUUCACAGGGUUAGAGUGUUUUGUAGAAGUUGAGAAAUCUACAGUUCCUGCUUUAUAA